AUGUCUUCUCCGACCAAACGUCGCUCUCAGCGCACGUCCGCAUCUGUGACUCCUCGACGAAGCGCUCCUGCAGCUGUCACCUCUAGUCCACCGCCAGCUGGACCAGAGGAACAAUUACAAACGGAAGCCUCUCAAGCAUCGCAACGUGGAUCACAGGCGACACCUCGAAACCAGAGAUUUCAGACCACAUCAACACAAUCGCCCUUGUUCUUCCGUUCGUCGCCCGCACAACCAUCGGGCGCAGACCCAGCAAAUGGCGAAGAAAGUGAUGGUGGCGCGACCCCAAAGGCCAGCGCCAUGACUGUGGGAGAUUCCUCGCCUAUCCAUUAUGACUCCAGUUCCAGCCCUGGUCGAGCUCGCAAUGCUCAAAAUACAGACCUCCGUAGCAGCAGUAGUGCUCUCUUCGUGCGUGGUUCCGAGUCUGCUGCCCGUGCUCGUCGCAGCGAUAUCCACUCCGAUGUAUUUGGCACGGGUCCCUCGAACCGUCGCCGCACACUAUUCGUUGGUGAGGAUGGUGUACCUGUUCAAGAAGCAUCAGACGCACCGACCUUCUCCAACUUGAACCCAGAUACGUCAGAUGCCGAUGUGCUGGGCGGAAACUCCUCGCGGGUCAUUUGGGGUACCAAUGUGUCUCUUGUGGAUGCAAGGCACGCCAUGAAGGACUUUCUAAUGAACUUUCAAAGGAAAUACCGAAUGAUUCAAGAUGGCGAACUUGAAGAGGGCAUGAAUCUUCCUGCAGACCAUCCAGCCAUGGCUCGAGAAUAUGUCGAUAUCAUGAAGAUGAUGCUCGAACUCGGUGUCACACCUCUCAACUUGGAUGCACGCAAUUUGAAGGCUUACCCGCCAACAAGAAAACUUUGGCACCAGUUGCAGGCUUAUCCCAACGAAAUCAUCCCCAUCAUGGACGUUGCGAUCAAGGACACAAUGCUCGAACUUGCUGAGAAGCGCAUGGCUGAGAUGAGGGUUCAAUUGUCCCAACAACAGCGUGCUGCGCAACCGAGGACUCGCGAUUCGAGCUCCCUGCCUCCUAUGCUCAGUUCUGAUGCUCCUACUCCAGGCGCUCCCUCUCCUGCUCCAUUCGCCGAUAUUCCUAACCUAGUGAGCGAAGUCGACCAGAAGACAUACAACGUUCGGCCGUUUGGUUUGGACAAGACGAUCAAUCUGCGUGAAUUAAACCCCGGCGAUAUGGACAAACUGGUCAGUGUGAAAGGCCUCGUCAUUAGGACUACACCCAUUAUCCCAGAUAUGAAAGAUGCCUUCUUCCGUUGCUCCGUCUGCCAGCAUACCGUCAGGGUAGACAUCGACCGUGGCAAGAUCACCGAACCCACCAAAUGCCCGCGUGCUGUCUGUGAAUCUCCCAACUCCAUGCAAAUCGUCCACAACCGCUCUGGUUUUGCCAACAAGCAGGUCAUCAAGCUACAAGAAACACCAGACGACAUGCCGGAUGGUCAGACACCACAUUCAGUCUCCUUGUGCGCAUACGAUGAGCUUGUUGAUGUUUGCAAGGCUGGUGACCGAGUCGAAAUUACUGGAAUCUUCAAAUGCAACCAAGUGCGUACCAACCCUCGCCAGCGCUCCGUCAAGAACAUCUUCAAAACCUACGUCGACGUACUACAUAUUCAGAAGGUUGACAAGAAACGCAUGGGUAUUGAUGUCUCUACCAUUGAGGAGGAGCUUGCUGAGCACGCUGCUGGCGAUUUGGAGCAGACUCGCAAAGUCUCGGAAGAGGAGGAAGCAAAGAUCAAGGAAGUUGGCGCUCGUCCCGACGUCUACGAGCUUCUGUCUCGAUCUCUUGCGCCUAGUAUCUAUGAGAUGGACGACGUCAAGAAGGGCAUCAUGUUACAACUCUUUGGAGGUACCAACAAGUCUUUUGAGAAGGGUGGGAGUCCCAAGUACAGAGGCGAUAUUAACGUUCUGCUUUGUGGUGACCCUUCGACGGCGAAGUCGCAGAUUUUGCAGUACGUGCACAGAAUCGCACCUCGUGGUGUUUACACCUCCGGAAAAGGCUCCUCGGCUGUCGGUCUUACUGCCUAUGUUACACGCGAUCCUGAAACUAGGCAACUGGUGCUUGAGUCUGGAGCGUUGGUCCUUUCUGAUGGCGGUGUAUGCUGCAUUGACGAGUUCGACAAGAUGUCGGAAUCUACACGGUCGGUCUUGCACGAAGUUAUGGAACAACAGACCGUCUCGAUCGCAAAGGCAGGUAUCAUCACCACCCUCAACGCUCGUACUUCUAUCCUCGCAUCUGCCAAUCCCAUCGGUUCAAAGUACAAUGUCAACCUUCCCGUACCGCAAAACAUUGAUCUGCCGCCAACCCUUCUUUCGCGUUUCGAUCUCGUCUACCUCGUCCUCGAUCGCAUCGACGAGCAAAACGAUCGCCGCCUAGCUCGCCACUUGGUCGGGAUGUAUCUCGAGGAUGUACCCGAAAACGCAUCCAAGAAUGAGAUUCUACCCAUAGAAUUCCUCACAUCCUACAUCUCCUAUGCCCGCACCAAUAUCCACCCCAAAAUCACAGAACCGGCCUCCAAAGCGCUUGUUGAUGCCUAUGUGGCCAUGCGCGCCCUCGGCGCCGACAUUCGCUCCCAGGAACGCCGCAUCACGGCUACAACGCGCCAGCUGGAAUCCAUGAUUCGCCUCUCGGAAGCGCACGCCAAGAUGCGUCUCUCACAGGAAGUCACGGCAGAUGAUGUGCACGAAGCCGUGCGGCUGAUCAAAUCCGCGCUCAAGCAAGCUGCAACGGAUGCGCGCACCGGCCUCAUCGACAUGUCGCUGCUCACCGAGGGCACCUCGAGCGGCGACCGCAGGAGGAAGGAUGAUCUCAAGCGUGCGGUGCUUGCGGCGCUGGAUGAGCUGGGUGGUGCGGGGCAGAGUGUGCGUGUGGGGGAGCUGGUGAAGAAGGUGAGGGAGGGGGCGAGUGAGCAGGUGGACAACGCAGAGUUUCAGGAGGUAUUGAGGAGUGCGGAGUUGGAGGGGGUGGUGCAGGUUAGUGGGGAGGGGAUGCGGAGGACGGUUAAGAGGGUUGUUGGGACGUUUUAG